AUGGCUGAGAGCCGCAGCAACCGGCAGCGACUGGACGAGCUGGAAAUGGAAAGGUCAAACCAUCGGAGGGAGAAGGCGGCGUGGGAGGGCAGAGAGGCGGAGCGGCGGGAGGAGAAGGGGAGGUGGAGGGAGGAGCGGGCGCGGUGGGAGGGGGAGAGGGCGGCCAUGCAGCGGCAGAUGAGGGCGCUGAGGGCGGAGAAGGUGGAAUUGGAGGGGAAGUUUGGACAGCUGCAUGCGGCGUGGUGUGAGAAACAGCAGGGGGGCCUGUCAGAAAAUUCCGACCUGUCCACCGUCACAGAUGACUGUGAUUCCUCCGACGCUGACUCAGCAUUGAGCAGCGCGCAUGCCACGUCAGCGGAGUCAGGAGUCCGGUCUGUGGAACAGUCAGGGGAGUUGACUGAGUCAACGGGGUCAAACGAAGUCAAGGAGCAGUCUUGGGGGAGGGUGGGAGAGAAACCGCAGAAGAAAGAGCAGGGGCAGGGUGAGGGCGAGGAGCAACAGGAAGAGCAGGAACAGGGGAGGGAUGGGGAGACAGGCGAAGUAAGGAAGUCAGUGGCAGGGGUUCGGUGGGAUAUGCUGCGGUUGGCUGCAAGGCACAAGCAGGCUAUGAGGGAGGUGGAAGAGGAGCUAAAGGAGAAAGAUGAGAAGAUUAGAGACCUUGGAAAGGCGAUUUACCCACCAUGUGGCAAAGGGAACGGAGACGGGAACAGCGUCAGUAGCUAUGCUGAAGGAGUGGGGGAUGGGAAGGACCCGUGCAGCAAGCAAGCAGGAGAUGCACAGCCCGCUCCCGGCUCGUGGCAGUGGGAGAAGCAGGCGCUGCUGUUCCAGGAGCAGCAGCAGAUGCAGUAUCAGUGGUCACAGCAGCAGCAGCAGCAGCAGCAGCAGCAGCAGCAGCAGCAGCAGCAGCAGCAGCAGCAGCAGCAGCAGCAGCAGCAGCAGCAGCAGCAGCAGCAGCAGCAGCAGCAGCAGCAGCAGCAGCAGCAGCAGCAGCAGCAGCAGCAGCAGCAGCAGCAGCAGCAGCAGCAGCAGCAGCAGCAGCAGCAGCAGCAGCAGCAGCAGCAGCAGCAGCAGCAGCAGCAGCAGCAGCAGCAGCAGCAGCAGCAGCAGCAGCAGCAGCAGCAGCAGCAGCAGCAGCAGCAGCAGCAGCAGCAGCAGCAGCAGCAGCAGCAGCAGCAGCAGCAGCAGCAGCAGCAGCAGCAGCAGCAGCAGCAGCAGCAGCAGCAGCAGCAGCAGCAGCAGCAGCAGCAGCAGCAGCAGCAGCAGCAGCAGCAGCAGCAGCAGCAGCAGCAGCAGCAGCAGCAGCAGCAGCAGCAGCAGCAGCAGCAGCAGCAGCAGCAGCAGCAGCAGCAGCAGCAGCAGCAGCAGCAGCAGCAGCAGCAGCAGCAGCAGCAGCAGCAGCAGCAGCAGCAGCAGCAGCAGCAGCAGCAGCAGCAGCAGCAGCAGCAGCAGCAGCAGCAGCAGCAGCAGCAGCAGCAGCAGCAGCAGCAGCAGCAGCAGCAGCAGAAGCAGCAGCAGCAGCAGCAGAAGGUGCAGGAGCAGGAGCUGUGGCAGCUGCAGCCACCGCAGCAGCAGUGGCAUGCGUUUCUGUCACAUGUUCACAAGGAGGGCGUAACUUCACCGAGCAUCCACACCUGA